AGAUCUGUGGAAUGCACAGCUUCCCACUGCCCAAAGAUGGAGGCCCUGGCGUCAGCCCUGGCACGGUGUAUUGUUGCCAUUACCUUCCUGCUCCCUUCCUGCCUACCCUACAUAUCUUUGGAAGCUUGCCCGGCUUGUGUCUCAGCCUGUGACACAUGUUGCCUUCUCCUCACAGUGGGAGAGAUUAGAAGUAGCCAGGGCAGCUUCUGAUCUUACAAGAGCAACUGACAGCCUGCGCGCAGAGAAAAAUCUUAGUGUUUUGCAAAUCCCUGCACACCCUGCUGCCCGCCGCUUGGACCAAGGCAGAAGCAGCUGAGCCGGCACAAAAGACAAUGACUCCUGGACAGACAGAUGCCUUAGCACAAGACAGACAGGUGACAACAGGAGAGUGGCCCGCGGCUGUACGAUCGCAAGAACCUUCCGUCACUGUACCAGCUGGGAAGAGUCUUCCAGACCAAGGGACCACAAUGGCUCUGAAGAUGAUGUCCAAGAAGCGGAUGGAAAGGCGGGAGUUCCUGAGAGAAUAUUGUAUCUCUCUUUGCCUCUCAUCUCACCAUGCCCUCAUCCGAACUAUCAGCAGUGCAUUUGAGACACCUACACACUACGGCUUUGUACAGGAGCUGGCACCAGCUGGGGAUCUCUGUGCUAUCCUGAGCUCAGGGGAGGGCCUCCCUGAGGUGCAGGUGAAGAGGUGUGCAGCCCAGUUGGCCGAGGCUCUGGAUUUCAUGCAUGGCAAGGCCUUGGUGCAUCGAGACAUAAAGCUGGACAAUGUUCUUCUUUUUGACAAAGAGUGUCAUCGGGUGAAGUUGAGUGACUUUGGUUUGACACGACUGGAAGGCACAAAAGUAGGUGCCAUGUCUGGGACCCUGCCCUAUUCCCCACCUGAACUGUGCCUAUUGGAGAACAGUGAGACUCUAGCUCUGGAUUCUAGCCUGGAUAUCUGGGCUUUUGGGGUGCUGCUGUUCUGCCUUUGCACUGGUUGCUUCCCUUGGGAUGUGGCAAUGAGCCCUGACCCUGAGUUUGAGGAAUUUGGCAUCUGGCAGAACCGCACAGUGCCAGGGGAGGCUCCAGGCCUGUGGAAAGGUUUCACUACACACGUCUUGGACAUGUUCCGCCGCCUAAUGGCUCUUGAUCCCAAUCGCCGCAGUCCUGCUAUUGAUGUGCACAAAUACUUACAUCUGCCUUGGCAGGUAGUCAGAUGUGGAGACACGCAGAGUCCCCAGAGUGAGUGUCCAACGGUCACAGAUUCUGAUGUCUUGCUCAGUGGCCUUAAGGGAGAUAAUAAAAACUUGGGGAAGAGCUCCAAGGACACUUGCCUUGGGCAAAUACAACCGGAACCGAUAGCCUUGGAAAAAACUCACACCAUACAGAUGGCUCCCAGCACUGGAAGCAAUCCCAGUCCACUGGAAGGCUCACGGCUAAGUGAGCCUGGGCUCCAGCCUUGAAGGAGUCUUGAUUGAGAAAAUCAUCUUCAUCUAUGAACAGAGAAAACCAUCCUCUUCCAUGAAAAGAUUAAAGGGAGUUGAAAGGUCCAAGUUAAAGAGAAGACACUAGCAUGGCUACUUAAGAGGGAGCUUUCAGAUAAUUAUGUAGUAUCCUCUUCUCAAUCUCACUGUUGGUCUGGCAAAGAAGAAUUAAUCACUCAGUAUAGAGAGAAAAGUCUCAUUUAUGACCACAGAGUUGGUCAGUCAAUAACAAAGCAAUAUGAUGACUUGCCUUUCAGUAACGCAGCAGAAAUGUCUCCAGGGAUAGCAAAGGUUGCUUCUGUUUUUUUUUUUUUACUGGAUAAAAUCAUUGCAACCCCCAAUUAUCUGUGUCAUCCUCCCAUUUUUCCCUGACCAAAACUUGAUUAUAGGGGCUUUAAGGACACAAAAAUCCAAUUACAGCACCAACCUGACCACCACAUAUUAACACUCCUCUGGAAUCUUGUUCAUUCAAGCAAAUAUUUCCUGUUUGCAAACCUUGUUUGAUUAAUUAGUUCCUAGUUGUGAGGUUAAUGAUGAGUAGCCUGUUAGUUGCCACUUGAAUAGCAGAAUAUUUUUGAUUUCAAAGUAUCAGCUUCUGUUUCUGUCAGGGGUAGAGAUGGACAUGAAUCAUUGGUUUGUUUUUUGUCCAAACAAGUGUUUGACAUUUUCCAGCCCUGCCUCCUCUGGUUGGUGUGCACUCAGAGGCAGCAUCCUGUUUAGCGCUGCCUCUGUCUGGAGCUGGGAAGCACCAGAAAACCCUUCGCGUGGAAGAAAAAAAACAACACAAACCACUGAACUGGUGGUUCGUGCCCAUCUCUAUUCAGAAUUAAUAAUU